UUCUCUUUUUUGCAACUUUCUGCUUGCCCUAUUUUUUCAGUCAUUUAUAGGCUAUUAUUCAACAUGGGCGGAGGUGCCGGUGGCUGUGGAGAUGACUCCUCCGAUGAUAUGUCGGUGGAGCUUGGAGAUGAACCCCAUGUUUUAGCUGUGGAUGAUAACCUUAUUGACAGAAAGCUGGUGGAGAAAUUACUCAAGAACUCCUCCUGCAAAGUAACUACAGCAGAAAAUGCCCUGAGGGUUUUGAAUUAUCUGGGACUGGGAAACGAGACACUGGAAGGCACUGUCUCCAAGGUGAACCUAAUCAUAACAGAUUACUGCAUGCCAGGAAUGACAGGGUAUGAACUGCUCAAGAAAAUUAAGGAAUCAUCUCUUCUCAAGGAAGUUCCAGUCGUGAUCAUGUCGUUCGAGAACAUUCCCACUCGUAUCAGUCAGUGCUUGGAGGAAGGUGCAAAGAUGUUCAUGCUGAAGCCUUCGAAACAGUCAGAUGUGGUGCAGUUGAAAUGGCAUCUCAUGAAAUGA